AUGACUGUGGAGUGGAAAAUUCGGAGUAUGGUGUUUGACAUGGAUUCUGAGAGGCUGAGGGAGAAGAUGAAGGUAGAAGGGGUGACCUUCCAGGUUGCUCCUCCAUGUACCAGGGAGAGCCAUUAUGAGCACCUUGGGCGGUGUUGCCGCAGGUGUGAACCAGGAAAAUACAUGUCUUCUAAAUGCACUACUACCUCUGACAGUGUGUGUCUGCCCUGUGGCCCAGAUGAGUACUUGGAUACCUGGAACGAAGAAGAUAAAUGCUUGCUGCAUAAAGUUUGCGAUGCAGGCAAGGCCUUGGUGGCUGUGGACCCUGGCAACCGCACGGCCCCGCGCCGCUGCGCCUGCACCUCUGGCUACCACUGGAACCAGGACUGUGAAUGUUGCCGACGCAACACCGAGUGCGCACCGGGCUUCGGCUCCCAGCAUCCCUUGCAGCUCAACACGGACACAGUGUGCGUGCCUUGCCUCAUGGGCUACUUUUCCGAUGUCUUUUCUUCCACGGAGCAAUGCAAACCCUGGACCAACUGCACCCUCCUUGGAAAGACAGAAGCACAUCCAGGCACAGAUAAAUCGGACUUGGUCUGCAGCUCUUCUCUGCCCUCCAGAAAACCACCCAAGGAAGCCCAGAUUUACUUGCCCAGUCUCAUUAUACUGCUUCUCUUCACCUCUGUGGCAUUAGCUGCUGCCAUCGUCUUCGGCGUUUACUAUAGGAAGAAAGGGAAAGCACUGACAGCUAAUUUGUGGAACUGGGUCAAUGACGUUUGCGGUCGCCUAAGUGGAAAUAAGGAGUCCUCAGGGGAUGGCUGUGUUGGUGCUCACUCAACAGCCUCCAGUCAGCGAGAAGUAUAUGAAGGUAGCUUACUUAUGACUCUGGAGGAGAAGAUGGUUCCAGAAGACAUGUGCUAUCCAGAUGGUGCAGGUUCCUGUGGCCCUGUGUGUGCACCAGGUGGACCCUAUGAAGAGGGUGAAGAUGCUGGGAUAUUCUUGCUGGUCAGUGAGGUUGAGACUGUGGGGGACCUUUCAAGGCAGAUCCCCACAGAAGAUGAAUAUAUGGACCGGCCCUUGCAGCCCCCUGAUGGUUCCUUGUUCCUUACCCAGCCUGGAAGCAAAUCCACACCCCCUUUCCUGGAGCCUCUGGAAGUGGGGGAGAAUGACAGUUUAAGCCAGUGUUUCACAGGGACUGAGAAUAUGGUAGAGUCUGAAAGCUGCAACUUCCCUGAGCCCCCAUGCAGGACUGAUUGUAUUCCCGAGUCCCCUGAAAAGUACUUCCAAAAAGAAGUAGAGGGUAAUGGUUGCCUGCCCUGGGCAGCCAGCUCUAACUCAACGGAUGGCUACACAGGCUAUGGGAAUGCUCCUGGGGAGGACCAUGAACCCCUGAUGGGUUCCUUGAAAUGUGGACCAUUGCCCCAGUGUGCCUACAGCAUGGGCCUCCCGGCUGAAGCAACAGCUGGUAGGGCAGAGAUGAGAGAGCAGACCCAGGAUGGGGCUGAUAUAAGGCUUCCAAGCUCAGCAAGGGGAGCCACAGGGUCUGGAAGCACCCCCAGUGACCAGCCACCUGCAUCUGGGAACGUGACUGGAAACAGCAACUCCACGUUCAUUUCCAGCGGGCAGGUGAUGAACUUCAAGGGCGACAUCAUCGUGGUGUACGUCAGCCAGACCUCCCAGGAGGGCACGGGAGGCACCACGGAGCCAGAGUCAGAGCCUGUGGGCCGCCCAGUGCAGGAGGAGACCCUGGCUCGCCGAGACUCCUUCGCUGGCAACUCUCCACGUUUCCCUGACCCAUGUGUGGGCAGCAAGGGGCUGCAGGAGCAGGACACUGUGGAGCUGGACAAGGCCUCCUGGCCGGUGCAAGAACAAGGCGUGGCUCGGGCCUGAGGCCUGGCAGAAGCAGGGAGAGGCCACUGGGCUGACAAGGCCUCAUGAUCCAGGACAGGAGCAAGUUGCGGCCCAGAGGCCCAGGCAAGAGGGGUGCACCAGGGCCUGGUGAGGCGUGGAGGCCCUGACCUGAGCCCGGGCAGAGCAGGGCAAGGCCCAGGUCGAGCAGGGCACGGGUGCCACGAGCCAGGUGCUCCAAAUCUGGCCAAGUCCUCAAGGGAUGCAGAAGUAGAGCAUCUCUCGGGCCUGAGGUCCCCUCCUGAUACACCACCCCACUCUACCCUGCAGGAUCGGUACAGUGUGCAAAAUGACCCCACAUCCUCUACCUACCUUGCUCCACAAAGAACCAAUGACUUUCCAAGAAGUAUGUGUAUUGUGGCUGGCCACGUCUCAAUGCCACAGAACAGUACAUACUAUCUGUUGGUGCUUUUGGCUGCCCUCCUGCACUUCCUUCUGUGACUUUUCUCUUCUGCCUCUACCACCAUUAUAAAUUAGUCAGUAAUUUGGCCCUUUUUGAAGUGUUGGUGACUGUCUUUCUCUACUGAGGUCUGUACUCCCCCCCCCCAUAUUUAUAUUUCACUUGCUUUUGUAGUGUAUUUCUUGAUCCUUCCUUUCUUCCUCUUUCUUUCCUCCUCCUCCUCUUC